AUGUCUGCACUCCGAAGGAAAUUUGGGGACGAUUAUCAGGUAGUGACCACUUCGUCGAGCGGCUCGGGCUUGCAACCCCAGGGGCCAGGGCAGGGCCCGCAGCAGCAGCUUGUACCCAAGAAGAAGCGGCAGCGGUUCGUAGACAAGAACGGCCGGUGCAAUGUGCAGCACGGCAACCUGGGCAGCGAGACCAGUCGCUACCUCUCGGACCUCUUCACCACUCUGGUGGACCUCAAGUGGCGUUGGAACCUCUUCAUCUUCAUCCUCACCUACACCGUGGCCUGGCUCUUCAUGGCGUCCAUGUGGUGGGUGAUCGCUUACACCCGGGGCGACCUGAACAAAGCCCACGUCGGCAACUACACUCCCUGUGUGGCCAAUGUCUACAACUUCCCCUCUGCCUUCCUCUUCUUCAUCGAGACCGAGGCCACCAUUGGUUAUGGCUACCGCUACAUCACCGACAAGUGCCCCGAGGGCAUCAUCCUUUUCCUCUUCCAGUCCAUCCUGGGAUCCAUCGUGGACGCUUUCCUCAUUGGUUGCAUGUUCAUUAAGAUGUCCCAGCCCAAGAAGCGCGCUGAGACCCUCAUGUUUAGCGAGCAUGCGGUGAUCUCCAUGAGGGACGGAAAACUCACUCUCAUGUUCCGGGUGGGCAACCUGCGCAAUAGCCACAUGGUAUCCGCGCAGAUCCGCUGCAAGCUGCUCAAGUCUCGGCAGACACCUGAGGGUGAGUUCCUUCCCCUUGACCAACUUGAACUGGAUGUAGGUUUUAGCACAGGGGCAGAUCAACUUUUUCUUGUGUCCCCUCUCACAAUUUGCCACGUGAUCGAUGCCAAAAGCCCUUUUUAUGACCUGUCCCAGAGAAGCAUGCAAACUGAACAGUUCGAGGUUGUCGUCAUCCUAGAAGGCAUCGUGGAAACCACUGGGAUGACUUGUCAAGCUCGGACAUCAUACACUGAGGAUGAAGUUCUUUGGGGUCAUCGUUUUUUUCCUGUAAUUUCUUUAGAAGAAGGGUUCUUUAAAGUCGAUUACUCCCAGUUUCAUGCAACAUUUGAAGUCCCCACCCCUCCGUACAGUGUGAAAGAGCAGGAGGAAAUGCUUCUUAUGUCCUCCCCUUUAAUAGCACCAGCCAUAACCAAUAGCAAAGAAAGACAUAAUUCUGUGGAGUGCUUAGACGGACUAGAUGACAUUAGCACAAAACUUCCAUCAAAGCUGCAGAAAAUUACUGGAAGAGAAGACUUUCCCAAAAAACUCCUGAGGAUGAGUUCUACAACUUCAGAAAAAGCCUAUAGUUUGGGUGAUUUGCCCAUGAAACUCCAACGAAUAAGUUCAGUUCCUGGCAACUCUGAAGAUAAACUGGUAUCUAAAACCACCAAGAUGUUAUCUGAUCCCAUGAGUCAGUCUGUGGCAGAUUUGCCACCAAAGCUUCAAAAGAUGGCUGGAGGACCUGCCAGGAUGGAAGGGAAUCUUCCAGCCAAACUAAGAAAAAUGAACUCUGACCGUUUCACAUAG